CUCUGGCGCUACGCACAGUUCUAUUUACUGCUGUCAUUCUAAUCAGUUUACUAAGCACACAACUACUCAAAAGUUGUAAAUUCUUUAGUAACAAAGUUCACACCAGUGAGAAUUUGGAUAAAAUGUCAGUUAGCUUUGUUCCAGUGCCAACCGGCAGCGAUUUUCCUUUGGAAAAUUUACCAUAUGCUGUCUUCUCAACCAAAUCUAAUCCCGUUCAUCGCCUCUGCGUAGCAAUUGGAGAGCAUGUGUUGGAUCUAAAAGCUGUGUCGCAUUUGUUUGCACCCCCGCUUCAAGCUGCUCUCCACGCAGAGACAUUGAACUUGCUGAUGAGCUUGGGUCACGAAGCGUGGGCUGCAGUGAGGACUCAAACCCAAAAACUGCUCUUGAAGGGUUCCGAAUUGGAGCAGAAUGUGGACUUAAGACUUUUAGCUCUGGUGCCCCAGUCGGAGAUACUACUGCAUCUACCAGCGCAAAUUGGUGACUACACGGACUUUUACUCCUCCAUUCAUCACGCCACCAAUGUGGGUAUCAUGUUCCGUGGCGCAGACAAUGCUCUAAUGCCCAACUGGCGCCAUUUGCCAGUCGGAUAUCAUGGACGCGCCAGCUCUGUUGUCGUCUCUGGCACGCCCAUACGCCGGCCUUUGGGACAGACAUUGCCAGAAGGCGCCGAUAAACCGGUAUUUGGUGCCUGCAAGCUUUUGGACUUUGAGCUAGAAAUGGCAUUCUUUAUUGGCGGCCCUGGCAAUAAGUUGGGCGAAUCCAUCAAGGUGGACGAUGCUUGGCAGAAUGUGUUUGGAUUUACGCUGAUGAACGACUGGAGCGCUCGCGAUAUACAGAAAUGGGAGUAUGUGCCGCUGGGUCCGUUCACAGCCAAGAAUAUGGGCACUACCAUAUCCCCAUGGGUAGUAACGACGGCAGCGUUAAAGCCAUUUUUACUGGACAACUUUCCCCAGGAACCGGAAGUACUGCCAUAUUUAAGACAAUCUGUACCCUUUAAUUUUGACAUCAAUCUGGAAGUUUCCCUAAAACCUGCCAAUGAUAACGAGACGCUCAUUAGUAAGUCCAACUUUAAGCAUUUGUAUUGGACACCCCUGCAGCAGAUUGCCCAUCACUCGAUCACUGGCUGCAAUUUGCGACCUGGCGAUUUAAUGGCUUCGGGUACGAUAAGUGGCGAAACGCCCGAUUCGUAUGGCUCGCUUUUGGAGCUGUGCUGGCGCGGUACAAAAACGGUGGAGCUGCAGGGCGGGAAAACGCGCAAAUUUCUGCAGGACUACGAUGAGGUCAUCAUUCGUGGACACUGCGAGAAGAAUGGCCUUCGCAUAGGUUUCGGCAGUUGCGCGGGUCAAGUGCUGCCGGCUCACCCGGUGGAGCAAUAAAAAUGUGUGUAUAUGUAUAUUAAUCAAUAAAGAAUUCA